CUUCCGAUUCGCCACUGCCAAUGGGUGGCGACUGUUGAGCUCAUCUAUAUCUCCAAUAUCCAAUUCCGAACCAGACCUUCGCUCCAGAUCUCUCCUCUCUAUUCUUUAAACCGAGCCAAAAGUAGAAAAAUCCAAUCGAAUCUAGGGAAAUCAAUCCUAGUCCUUGCGCCGAUCCAUGGCCGCCACCAGCACCCCCUGCGGUCUGUUCUCCCGGGCUCUGUUCGACCCCCAUGCCACCGACUCCCGCGGCCAGCUCGGGCCGCGCUCCGUCUGCCUACCGUUGUUUCCGAUUGUGCCGCGGAAGAACGCUUCCUGUUAUAGUAAGCCUGCGCUGCUCCCGGAUCAGCUCAUUCUCGACUUACCGCUGCUGCGUUACGGCCGGCCAGCAUCAAGGAGUGUCAUUGCAAUGGCCAACGAAGGAACACCUGCUGAAGCCUCAAGUGAGCUUCCUGAAAUUGUGACGACCAUAAAGGAAGAGUGGAACAAACUUGAAGAUAAGUAUGCUGUGGCUUCUCUUGUAUUUGCUGGAAUUAUCGCUCUAUGGAGUGCCACCGGCAUUAUCUCGGCAAUUGAUAGGCUGCCUAUAGUUCCUGGUGUUCUUGAACUUGUCGGAAUUGGUUACACAGGGUGGUUCAUAUACAGCAACCUGAUCUUCAAGCCUGACAGAGAAGCUUUGCUUGAAAAAGUGAAGAGCACCUAUAGCGACAUCAUUGGGAAUAACAGUUGACUGCAAAGAAGAUUGAUUCUAUUGAAUCAUGAGGCUAACCGAUGAGAUCAAUGCUCCCUGGAAGAUAUGUUCUCGAGAUAUGUAGUAGAAUAUUUCAUGUUCCAGCAUAAUGUAUAUUUCCUGGAUAAAAUUCUUGUUUGCAAUGUAUCAAUUACACUGAAGUAACUUAUGAAUUUAUUUUUCCAAAA